AUGGCGACACUUUCUCCCGAAUCGAUGAACAGAAGUCCUAUGCCUACUAUCGAAUCCCCGAAAGACUUUUUUGCAGAUGGCGAAUCGAAAGAGAACAUGGGAAGGAAAUCUUUGCCUACAAUACCUAUACCCGUUACAGGGAGGAUAGCUGGUGCACCAAUGUCUCCAGUUCGAGUGAAUGUUCAACAAGGAGACUGGCCACCACGGCCAUCAAGUGCCAGGAUUGAAGGUGGAGAUGGCCAUGACAGGCAGAUUUCAGUUGACUCCGAAGGCUACAUGGAGGAGCGGGAAUUGGACCCUUCAGAGCCCAAGAUGAUGCCAGUUAUACAGGAUAUCCCGUACCGAACAACGUACAAUUCAAAUAAAUCAGGGCAGGUCCAACAACCACAGACGGCCGUCAAAUCUUAUGUGGACAGUUCAAGUCCAAGGUCCAGUGGUUCCUCGAGCAAUAGGAAUGCAGCAGGACGCGGGUAUCCGGACCGAAUAGAUGAGAAUGGGAAUGAUCCAACGAAUCCUCCAGUGCCUCGUUUGCAAUAUCACCAUCAAGCGCAUAACUCAGAAGGGAGUGACAAUCCCACACGUCUAUCAGGUCGUAAUAGUCCAAAUGCACCACUAAAUAAUCCAGUUGAAGCUGGUGUUUCGAUAGGUCGUCACUUGACGCCCACACUACAAGGGGCUAGGCGGACCCCUAUACAGCAGCAACGGCCUAUAUCUGCGUAUUCUGAUAUGGGACAGAGAGGACGUUCCCCAUCAGGAUAUAUGACGCCACACUCACCAGGCUGGGGAGGGCCGCGUGCUCCUUCAGCAAAUUCGGCGAGAUCUGAUAGCAGGCCAAUGUCUUAUGUGGACCUGACCAAUACGCAAUACCCUCAACCACCACCGGCUCCUAUUUCGAUGGACAAUUCGCAGCUCAGGUCCGCUGUGGGCUCAAAUGCAUCUCUUCUAAGCAUGGCAAAGACACUGGACAUGUAUCGCCAAAAUGUAAAGAAGUUGAACGACGCUGAAACUCAAUAUGCAUUUGCCAUCUUCCUGAUACAAGCUGCACAAGAAAACGGGCUUGGUCAGGAUACUGGCCCUGUACCGCGGAAGGUUAGCCCAAAACCUGGGGGGCGCGAUCUCGACAGCCCUUACGUCGACAAACCACAAUCUUCACCACAAGAAUUACUAAGUGAAGCCAAACAUAUACUGCAGAGAUUGUCCGACAAGGGUUAUCCCUUUGCUCAAUACUAUUUGGCCGAUGGAUAUGCAUCCGGGCUUUUCAGCAAAGGCAAGGAGGACUACGGGACAGCGUUCCCUCUAUUCGUGUCGGCAAGUAAACAUGGUCACGCAGAGUCAGGAUACCGAGCUGCAUUAUGUUAUGAAUUUGGAUGGGGCAGCCGGAAAGACCCAGCAAAGGCUGUGCAAUUCUACAGGCAGUCAGCUUCAAAGAACCAUCCAGGGGCGAUGACACGCCUUGGGAGAGCGUGUUUAUCUGGAGAUUUGGGUCUAAACAAGUAUAGGGAAGGCUUGAAAUGGUUGAAGCGAGCAACAGAAUCAGCGGACAUGCAGUAUAACGCAGCUCCUUAUCAUCUUGGACUUUUGUACAUUACUGGAUACGGUGAUGAUAUUUUCCAGGAUGAGGUUUAUGCCGCUCAGCUUUUUACACAAGCCGCAGAUCUCGGGCAUGCAGAAUCAUGUUACAUUCUCGGUGAUUCCUACGAGCACGGGAAGUUAUCGUGUCCGCGAGACCCAGCACUGAGUGUUCAUUUCUACACCGGAGCGGCCCAGCGAAGUCACCCUGCUGCCAUGAUGGCUUUGUGUGCUUGGUAUAUGGUUGGCGCAGAGCCCGUGCUUGAGAAGGACGAGAACGAGGCAUACGAGUGGGCGCGCCAAGCAGCUGAGUUGGGCCUCACAAAAGCCGAGUACGCCGUAGGCUACUUCACCGAAAUGGGCAUCGGCACACGACGAGACGUCCUCGAAGCGAACGUCUGGUACGUCAAGGCCGCCGAUGGAGGUGACGAGCGCGCGAAACAUAGACUAGCAGCCAUCCGCGCCGCCGCGAGCGGCGGCACACCGAUGGAUGUCGAAGCACCUCGGAACAGCAAGAUGAAGAAGACAGCGAGCGGGAACGAAAAGACGGGGCAGACCGAUAAGGAUUGCAUUGUUAUGUAA